UUGAUAUGAUCUGGCAUAUCUGUAGGAGCUAACCAGAGAGGAUGUGGCACCACUGUAAGCAUGUAAACAAAGCUUGUGUGCAUUCGUCGUCCUCCUCCUCCUCGGUCGCUUCGACCAAGAGAAAUGGAUGUGUUUGCAGUCUCAAGAAUGCAAUAGCAGUACAGUCUAAGCAAUAAAGUCUUACUUUAAAUUGCAUUACACCACUCUUCAAUUCAAUUUAGAUACAGUACUGUAUAUGAGAAAAAAUGAGAUGGAGAGAAAAUAUAGCCAGUUGUUUGUAAUACACCGUAGGAUGGGUGCACUUGAUACAUUAUGUGCGUUUUUCGACUUUAAGAUUAAGGCUUCUUGUAUUUUGACAGUUUGAUGCCUUGAAUUAAAUGACAGUCAUGGCAGUGUGUGAAAAUUGCAUUCAGACCUUAUCAUCUCUCUCGGUUAAAAAUUGUAUUGUGUUUUUACGAGUGGUGUUGCAUCGUUUUGUGAAAAUCAAAUUUGCUGAGACUUGUGCAUCGUUCUUACGAGAGUCGCUGCAAUCAAUACCUCCAAACUUUCAUGCCGAGUUCCUUGAUAAAUUAGCUCCAAUAUUUGAUAGUAUCACAAAUUGUCCUUUAGAUAAAAAUGUCCUUGACAUUAUAGAUGAAUUGGCAUUAAUAUUAUUAUCACCAUCUAUAACACAGAUUGACGUUGGUAAGUUUAAAUUCCCAACAAGAAAUCCUUCAAAAUAUUUAAUGGCCUUACAACGUGCUAAAAACAUGAAAAUGCUAAUCAGUUAUAGAGAAAAUGUUUGGAAAUACUCUUUAAGUAAAUUUGAACUACUUUCCUCAGCACUUAUUAAAAUGCCAAUGCUCAGGCACCUAACAUUACGUCACAUUAGAAUUGACAGUUGUAAAAUUAAUGAUCUGUUAUUGGGCUUAGCUUCGAAUAGCCCUCAUCUUGUAUAUCUAGACAUGAAGUAUGGAAUGAUUACGGACUCAGGACUUGAUCCAGAUUCUGUGGGAAAGUUUGGGAAAGUUGCAAACUUUGCCGAUUGUAUUCCUGCCUUGCUAAACAUGAAACGUCUGCAACAUCUCAAUGUUAGUGAAACAUGGCUGACAUAUGUAGGCAUUAAGGCAAUAGUAAAACAUUUACCUCUUCAAAGACUAGAUGCUAUAAUAGAUGGUGGAUAUGAUCUCCAGGCUGUAGUGAUAAAAGACUCACUGCUAGCAUCUGAAGAUACCACAUUAUCAUUACCUAGAACAUCAUAUACUUUUACACCUGGGGAAACCAAUGUUCAAGCCAUCUGUAAAGCUUGCCCAAAUCUGGAGUGCAUAACUAUACAACAUUGCAGUGUAGGGGAUAUCAGGUCUUACUUUGAAAAACUGGCAAACUUGCAGCAUUUAAAAAAGGUCACUCUAUGUGGCCUUGAAUGGGACCUCCUCCGCUCACAUAUAGCCAUCAAUGAAGACCCCAUGCCUAUCAGCAAUCACGUGACAGAAGUAACACUGACUGAACCAUGUCAAGCUGAUGCAUAUCAUUUAGGUGCUCUCUCAAUAUGCUUUCCUCAAAUAACUCACCUGUGGGUAAUUGGGCCACGGCAAGACAAUAAUAAUGACGCAUGGGAUGGUGGCCGAGUUUUCAGCAAUCUGAUGCAUCUCUACUUCCAAGGAGAAGUCUUUACUGAAGAUUUUGGUAGAAUUGAGAGAGAACAAGGAUUACAAAAUAUGUUUGAUGUGUUGCUUACGUGGUGUAGAAAUCUGAGGAGCCUUACCCUCUACACAAAUUCUAUUGAAGGUGACAAGUUAUAUUUUGCCGUGAAAAGAAAUGGUUUACGGAGACUGGAAGAAUUAAGAAUUGGAUUGCAACACGAUCUAGAUGUGGAUGUUAUCUUCGCUAUACUUCAAAGAACCAAUGAUCUCAGAAUUCUUGGUCGAACAGAUUGGUGGACCUCGAUAAAUGAAGAAUCAAAACUAUUUCUCAUUGAUACAUUUAAAGCAAGAUAUAGGAAUCUUGAGGUGUAUGGACUGGAUGAUUACUGUGAUGUCGCUCAUGAGCCACGGCCUCUGAAGAAUAACUCCAGUAAUGUUCCAUGGUAGCCUGUGCUAUUCAUCAUUCAAAGGUCGUUUAUUGCUAUGCAGUGUAUAACAGCGUAUUGUAUGUUUCCAUCAAGUGCUCAUAUUUUUAUAUAUGUUUUCACUGUUGUCAGUUGAAGAUAUACUGUAUAAUGAAGGGUCAUGUUGAUCUGUCACAAGAAUAGCAUCUGGGUUUGAUAUGUUUAAAGUCUAUUGUAACUCACUGUUCAUGUACUGUAUGGCCAUUUUGGAAGAAAAUUUUAGAUUUGGUAAGUAGUACCAAAUAACUAAAUCUUCAUAAUUUAACUUUUUUUUGUAUUGCAUAAUUACAAUUUGUUGAAAUGUAUAAAUGCUUAUGUACAUUAUUUAUUUUGAUGUAUGAUGACACAUAAGUCCAAAGACCAAGUAAGUCAUUUUUCAGUUAAAUGUAAUCAUCCACUUAAGCUGAGCAGCAUGGCCUAGCCAGGCUAUAGGACUUAUGACUACUCUAAGACCAAGCAUUAUAACAAUACAGUAAGAGUCAGCUGAAUAUAGAGUUGGAUUAAAUCAUUUAUAUAUA